UUUUUGGAGCUUUGCGCCUGCUGUCCGCGGCCCUUGCGAAAUUGUGUUUUGAGCCUUUGCUUCUUCUUGCCGCCUCCUGAACCCAUAAAUUACUAAUUUGGAAUCCCUUCGUCCUUCAAACUAGGCAAGCAGGUAGCAGUCGACCCAUCGCAUCUCGAAGGCGCUCAGUCGGAUUUAAGCAGUGCGGCGACAUCCUAGCGAAGGCCGCUAGGACCUCUGAUCUCACACGCUCGGGAACCACAUCCUUUUCAACGUCAACACAACACCAGAUUCGCCAUCCGCCCAUUGCGGCUGCACCACGAGCUGAACCACCAGCAUUCAUACACACCUCCGGUACCUUCUCGAUGCCAGCGAGAGACCUUGAAUUCUACAUACGAAUGUGAUGGAUAUAUGGUCACCAGAGUCCCAGCGCCACAAAAGAUCUUUCACCGAAAUGUCACAUCCAGCAACACUCUCACCCUCUCCUAUGAAUUUUGGAGAUCCCUCUACUUCGAAUUUCUUCUCCCACCGGUACUCCAGAGCACCUUCUAACGAAAACCUCGCCUCCGUCCUCGAUAGGCGCCGCACUUCCCAUCCCCACAACCAACAUUUACAAAGAGCUUCGGAAGAGAUGCCAGCGCGUUCCCACUCUCAGCAGCGGCCACGCCUCGAGCACCGGGCCUCCCAGACCAUUAUUGAUCUCACGGACGAGCCCGAGGAACUACCGUUACCUAGUCGGAACGAUGAGGAACGGAGCCGAUCCCAAAGACCACCACAGCUUGGGAGAAGUGAUGCAGUCAGUCUCGGGGACUUCAUUGAUUUGACGGACGACAAUGGCGAACCUGAUAUCAUAAUUAUGGGAGGACGUCAACUGCCUCUUCCUCGCCCGAGUGCUGCUCGGCCUGUUCCACCCGCUAGACGAGACGAUUCACCCUCACUUUUUGUGCCCUUGCCACCUCAACCGAUCAACAGAGUCUUUCCCACUCAUCGUCACGGAGUUGUCAUUGGAGUCAGUGGAAGAGUGGAAAGGCGCGGUCGAAUUCCUGCGGAAGCUGAAUAUCACAUUGCGGCACGAAUGGGUCAAGAAAUCAUGGACCAUAUACAGGCAUUCCACGACGAACAGGUUAUGCCAGGGCUCAUGAAUUAUCAACACCACGCUUUUGUGGACCGAAAACCACAGCAUGUUGCACCUCCAGCCGCGAAGGAAGGAUUUACACGUUCCCCAGAAGAGAGCCAAACGAUUAUUUGCCCCAGUUGCGAGGAGGAAUUGAUACACAGAAAGGACGAAGAGCCUAUUGUAAAAAAGGGUGGCAAGGCGCCAUCGAGGAAGGAUAGGGAAGAGCACCCGUUCUGGGUCGUGAAGGAAUGUGGUCACGUAUACUGUAAUAGUUGCUUCCAAAACCGAGCCCAAUCAGGCAAAUACGGCGCUGUUUCCUUCCGCGCAAGUUCGAAGCCACCAACCAGCAGCAAAAGCAAAACUACUAAGCUUCUUUGUUCCGUUGAUGAUUGUGAGAGCGAUAUUAGGAAUAAGGACAAAUGGGUCGGUGUUUUCUUGUGAUGAGCCUCUGA